UAUUACUAUUGCGACGCUCAAAAAUUAUGGCGCUAAAUAAUUUUCUGACAAACAACUUUUGAAUUAAUGGGAAAUCUGUUUGAAUAAUUCGGUAAAAUAAAACUAUUUUGUAGUUAUUUUUAUUUCAUCAAAAAUAAGUUUUUCAAAACUGCUAACAAAAUCCAAUGGAUCAUUAUGCAAGUGUCAUAACUAAUACAGACGAUAUAGUAAUAGAGUUUAUUCAUCGAGGAGUCAAGACAAAGUUUGUUAGACCACUUAUGGGAGAUUUAGGAAAAACAUUGCAGCGUAUUUCUUUAAAACUUGAUCCUCAAAAAAAAACCAAGAACAACAAAAAUGAAAAUGCUGUUUUAAGUUAUUCUACCGACAAAGUCAAAGUUUUAGUUUUUGAUAAAGACGCGAAUGUAGUAAAUGAUAAGAUAACAAACAAAGAAAGUUUUCAAGAAGGCUUUUGUAUGCAAAUAGUUUCUCAAAGGUAUAUUGUUCAACUAAACCCACCAACUAUUGUAAAAUUACAGCUGCCUGAAUACAUUAUGGCAGGUUUUCCUGUUUAUCCUCAAUUAGAAUUAUUUUUUGCUUACCUUAAAGAAUCUAAAUUUUUGUGGUUUAAAUCUUCAAGUAUUGAUAAAGAUUGGGAGCUUAUCGGUGAAAAUUAUUGCUACACCCCUGUCAAUAAUGAUAUAAUGUUUCGCCUAAAGUGUGUUUGUCAACCUAGUGAUGGUAACAAAUAUGGUCCUUUUUCAGAGGAAGUUAUAAGUAGCCUUGUUUUACCUGGUCCAGGAGUUUGUGUAUUUGAAAAUAGACAUCUUUAUACUCUUAAACAUAUUGAAUCUUAUGACAAAUUGCGUAUUAUUACAUAUAAUAUUUUAGCAGAUGUUUUUUGUGACAGUGAGUAUGCAAGUGAAGUCCUCUAUCCAUACUGUCCAAAAUAUGCUUUAAAAUUAAGUUACAGAAUGAAUUUGCUCAUAAAAGAACUUAUUGGCUUUAAUGCAGAUAUAUUAUGCUUGCAAGAGUGCGAGUUGAAAAUGUUCCAAGUUUAUUUGAAACCUGUAUUACAAAUUUAUAAUUAUGAAGGGUAUUUAAAUUUGAAAACAGGUAAAAUGCCUGAGGGGGAAGCUAUUUUUAUCAGAAAAAAUAAAUUUAUUCACUUGAAAGAUUUCAGUAUUUCGGUUAAAGAAGCAUUACAUUUAGAGUGUAAUAAAGAUAUUCUAGCUGCAAUUCAAAAUAAUGAUAUUUUUGAUUUGCUGUGUAAAAAAUCAUCUAUUGCGCAAAUUCACAUUCUUGCAGAGAAUAAAACAAAUGGAAGGCACUUAUGUAUAUUUAACACUCAUCUUUAUUUUAAACCUGGUGCACAGUUAAUUAGAGUUCUUCAAAUAGCUGUUCUUUUAAACUACGUUGAAAAAGUUUUAAAAGAACAUCAGACCAAAUGCUCUUUGAUUAUGUGUGGAGAUUAUAAUUCUAAAAAAGGAGAUCCUCUACUACAGUUUUUAAAUGAGAAGUCUUACUCUCUAAAACUACUUUAUAAUUUAGAUUAUGUAUUGCAAUGUCCUUUUCAACUUGAAAAUGUGACAGGGUUUCCAUUGUUUACUGUUUUUGUGCCACAGUUUAGAGAAACAUUGGAUUAUAUAUUUGUUGAUGAAAGUUUUAUCUUGGAAGGAUUUGUUCCAAUUCCUUUAGCAGAAGAGCUAGAAGUAUUUUGUGCUUUACCUUCAGUAGUUUCACCAUCAGACCAUAUACCUUUAAUUGUUGAUUUAAAUUGGAAAUGAUAUUUUUUAAAGGUUUUUAAACUUUUAAAAUUUUUAUAGUUUAGUUUUUUAAAAGUCUCUUAAGAUACUAAAAUCAUUUAAGUUCUUUCA